GUUGUAACCACUACAUCCAUUGCCUUAUAUUAACUCUAUACUUUCGCGAAGUUCUAGGAGCGAGUAUUAGAAAUGACAUGCGUAGGACAGCACGUCGCGGUCAUCUCUGAGGUCUCUGCAUGCUGACAUGCCUUUGUAUAUCCUGAUGGACAUUCGGUCGAGGGUUGAGAUUAGAUGGGUGGCCGCUUUCACUUGUAUACUUGCUAGGGUAUUUCUCUUGUGGAGACGCCGGAGAAAGUGUCAUGAAGAGGAUAUAAAGACGGCGGAAAAUACUCUACCGCCAGACGGGAACUUGCAGCCAACAGAUACAAUGUCAGGACAUACUUGUAGCGAUAGAAGUGCAUCUGCUAGGCUGGCACAGUGGCCCUACUACAAUACAGAAUGUUCUGAGAUGCCAGGCCAAUCAUCGCCAGUAGAAUUAGGACCGGGGCAACGGGAAUAUAUGGCAUGACGCAUCAUACAACCAGUUAAGCAGCAGGUUUCUCAAAAUUCAUAAUCGAGGCGGAAUAGUGGACUGAGAACCUGAUUUCCAGAUGCAAACAAAGUUUUGCUUCUGAACCAGAUCGUUUGGGGGCUUUAACGAAAGGAAAUAUUUGCUGUAUACUAUUAUUAUACUUUAGGGAGUCAA